UAUAUAUGUAUGUAAAUAAUAUAUCACACUCGUACUACUUACGAUUACGUAAAUCUCUGGUGGUCAAUUUUGUGUAGAUAUUUUACUAGCAUUUGUGAAUUGUUAAUGGGUGGAUCCAUUGUAUCACGUUUGGUUAACCGAUAUUGGCAAAUAGUACUUGUUCCUACUGUGCUGCUGAGUUGUGUUUAUGCAGAUUGGAGUCAUACCCAAAAGUGGAAGAAAAAGGCAACCAAAGACGACUUACCAUUGAACAAUUAAAAUGUUGGCCAGACUAAAAAUUCAUGCAAAACAGUUUGUACUUAUGACGGGUUAUACAGGAAUUCCUCUCCUGCUGUUUUAUGGAAUGCUUCGUAACUGGAAAUCAGAAGCGACUCGCGUACGGGACAAGUCUGCUUUAUUUGGAAGAGAACUGAAACCAGGAGAAGCACCAUCAUGGUAAUUCUAUGAAAAUCUGAUAGUUUGACAAUUGUAUAUACAACUUCCUUAGUUUAUUACAAUGUGAUUACUUGCUUAUGUAAUCCAUACAGUGAAAUAAACAUACUUCAAAUUAAUUGUAA